AUGUGGGUGUCGUGGAUUUUGGAGUUAGCGGUGAAGGUUCAGAGUGGGGGGGGUGGCGGUAAAGGUGCGGAGUGGGGUGGGGAGGUGUGGAGCUUGGGUUGGGGUGGCGGCGUGGGUUGGGGUAGGGGACUGGGGAUGGGGGGUGGCGUUGAAGGUUGGGGGAGUGGCUGUGUUUGGUGGUGGGGGUUGGAGACUGGGGAUAGGGUGGCAGUGAGGGUGGGUGGGGACGUGGGUUGGGGUGGGGCUGGUGGUGGUGGGAGACUGGAGAUGGAGGGUGGCGGGGGCUGGUGGUGGGGUGGGGGUGUGGGUUGGUGGUGGGGGACCAGUGGUGAUUCAACCUCUCCAACAUAA